AUUGCUUUGAGUUUAUGACAACUUUAUAGAUCUGUUUGUCUGUCUUGUUGUCACUCGUGGCGUGUCUUCCAGUGAUUUCUGGCCAUCUAUUGUGCGGACAAUACUAUUGAUGUCAUGAAUAAUCGGUGUGAGAGUGAAGAAUGGCUCAAACAAUACCAACAAAUGGUUUCAAUGAUGGACACCAUUAACACCAACGACACGCCCGACACCACCGCUCAGGACAAGCCCUCGCAAUCGGCCGACACUUCUUCGGCAAUGAUACCCGACGAGGAGACAGAUCUGGCGGUCGAGGCGUUGAAUCAACUAAAUCUCGGCAAACGUCACCUUCUGGUGGAGGACUACUCGUCGGCCGUAAUGUGUCUGCAAGAGUCGUGUCAACUCUUUGAUCAGAGGUUUAGGAUCGGCGCCGAAGAGUGCGGCGAAGCCUAUCUCUACUACGGAAUCGCUUUACUAGAGUUGGCCCGACUUGAAGACGGACUCUUCGACGGUGUUGUCCACACCAAACUCGCGGACACAGAGACGGAGGACGAGGAGGAGGAAGAGGCCGACGACGAAGAGGAGGAAGAAGAGGCAGGAAAUGGCAAAACGGAAGACAAAGCAGAAGACAAAGCGGAAAAAUCCGACGAUAAGAAAACGGAUACCGAAGAGGAUAUCGAAGAUUCGGACGAAGAGAAGAAGAAGCGAUUGAAUGCCGCGAAAGAAGCCGACACUGAAAGUGCAAAUGUGAUGCAAUCGAGUGCUUCGGCGGACGCACCGCCCGAAUGCGUUGCCUCGACCUCUAAGGGCGAGACGAGUGCCGCCAAAGACGACGACACGGAAGACGAGGCGUCGAAUAUAGAGGUCGCGUGGGAAGUGCUGUGUCUCGCGAAGGGUGUGUUCGAGGCCUUCAUCGAGAAGAACGACAAUAAACUUAAAUUAUCGGAAACUUACCAAAAGUUGGGAGAAAUUAGUAUUGAAUGGGAAAACAAUACGAAUGCUAUCGAUCUCCUCAACCGAUGCCUCACUUUCAGGAAAGAAAUUCUCUCAGAAGACGAUAGACUUAUUGCCGAAACUUACUAUCAGUUGGGAAUCGCGCACUCUUUUAGUAGUGAUAUUCAAAACGCAAACAAUUGCUUCCAAAGCGCUAUUCAAGUGAUUGAGACCCGAAUUGUAAACCAAAAGUCAAGAUUAGCCACAAUUCCUGCCGAAGACUUGGAGACGACUGAGAAAAUAAAGCGAGAAUUGACUCAAUUGGAGAGUUUAUUACCCGAAAUGAGAGUCAAGAUCGAGGACUCAAACGAUCAAAUGAAUAACGAAAAGGAAGGACUCCAACGACAAGAGAGCGAA